GCUCUCUCUCCUCCAUUGUAUCUUCAGUAUUAUAACAUUUUCCUUUCUCCUUUCAGAUAAACAAAUUCAAAAACAAGAAGGGGAAAAAUUUUGGUGAUUAAAUAGAAAAACAAAAACAAAAACAAUACAAAACAAACAAAGAAAAAAGAUAUAUUGAAAAUAAGCAUCUUAUUUCUCUUCUCUCCAAGAAGAUGGAAAUGGCCAUGAAGCUAGGAAGAGGAGUAGCAAUUGGAGCUUCAAGCUUUCCAUCAUCGUCAUCAUCAUCAUCGUCUUCUUCUUCUUCUUCUUCUUCCUCUUCUUCAUAUCUCCCGCAAAAUUCCAAGCCUACCUCAUUAUCCACACACCCUUUGAAGGUAUGUAAAUUAGUGACCUUUCACAGAAACAUGAUCAUCUGCUGCUCUGCUUUGCAAGAAUCAUCUACUUCUACAGAAAUGUUUUUACUAGUGACAGCAGAAACAAAGGAGGUGAAGGCAGCCCCAAAGCAAGCUCCAGCAAAGGCCAAACCUCCAGCAAAAGCCCCAGCAAAGCCACUGCCUCAAAUGAUGGAGGAGGAUGUCAUCCCUUCACUGAAAGCAAUACUUGAAUCCCAAGAUGAUAUCUCUGAAAUUGAACUUUCUUUCCAAGACAACAGGUUGGACGGAUCAUUUAUAAGGAAGGGCAUUCCCCAUUCCUUUUGGGCCUUCUUCCCAAAUGGAGUCCUCACAGGUCCAAAAGGGUUCUCUCUGUCCUCCUAUGGCUCAGAAGCAAGCACUGUUGAGCCCUUUCUCAUUGAUGAGAAGAAAAUUACGUCCAAACACAUUGUCUUUUGGGUUGAAAAACGUUUGGCAGCUCAAGGAAUCAAUCCUGUGUGGAAAGACUAACCUCUUACAGAUUUUCAUAUUCAUUCCACAAUGAUGAAAGAAAGAUAGAUAUUCAGCCUUUGUGUUGCACUUGGCAUAAUGACUAUAAUAUAGCAGCAUUCUGUUAAUUAAGGUAAACAUUGUUGACAGAUAUCUAAUCACAUCAUCAAAUUUGAUUUGCUUCC